AUGGCUGACCAAGAGGGCGACGAGAGCUUCCACGAUGACUGGUGGGAAUCGCUAGCGAUUGAUCAAGACAUAGAGUCGCAGCUGAAUGCUGUCGAGCAGCAGGCGGAGAUGCUCGCGUCCAGCAGCACUAUGUCGUUGGGCACGCAUAUGCCGGAGCUGCGGGCGAUGUAUGAGGAGCAGCAACAUACCAUCAACCAGCUCAGACAGCAGGCGCAGCAGCAGCAGGGAGAGAUCUCCGUCGUUCGCUCUAAUCUAACUAGAGCGCAGCAGCAGAACCGAACGCUGCAGCAACACCAGCAGCAAAUGGAGCAAGACUACCGGCACCGCAUCGAAACGUUGCAACAGGAGCAUGGGCGUCAGAUGGAGCGCUUAGAGGCAACGUCAGCGUUCCGUCGGAUUGAGCAGGACUCAAACCGCACUGUAUGGCCUUCGACAACGCGACGCCGCGCACCCGUGGUCUUCCCCAAAGACGCCCUAGCGACGCCCAUGGUACCGGGGCAGGAUACCCCCACUCGGUACGUGGCAUCCCACCGCCAACGUGCAGAGCCUGAGACCCCUUCUCGUCCGCGCUCUUUCCCGCACUUUGAUAAUUCAUUCGUGGAUCCAGCGCCCUCGUCGUCACCUGCCACGGCGCCAGAUGUGGUACCGUCGUCGUCGACGCCCACGCCGGACUCUUCGCCACAUGUGGGAGCGCUCGACGCUUUGUCCUCCGACGACUAUGAAUAUGUGCUGGCGGCUUUAUUUACGCGGCAGGCACGUUGGACUUCGCAUAUCUUGGGCCAUCCCCCCAGGUCGCAGACCGGGUCGAUGCUGCUGCACCUUGUCAUGAUGGACGUACCAGAGUGUCCGAGCUUUUCACGCACAGCCGAGCAGCUUUGGCAGUGCGUAGCGCGCGCAGGAUCGUACGAAGCGUUCUUAUGCGACUGUGCCCCCAUUGUGCGACUGUAUUUACAGCGAGGUAAGGAGCCGCAGCAAGCCGUGCGCGAUGUAUGGGCCGACUACUCGCCGUCCCUGUAUGGUGGCGUGGCUACUUUGCUCUGUGCUGCGACACACAUGCUUCUGCAGGCGGACAAGAUCAAGGCUGUGUGCCACAUGCUGGACUGGAUGACGGCUCUCGGUCUAUCGCAGCCGGCUUUUGUCUCGUUCCUGGCCUGCCGAGACAAGCCGAUGCUACCUGAUGCCUCUGUAUCACCCCCUAUCACACACAUUCUUAUCGAUGGCAUGAAACGGGAUGUGGCACUUUAUCCCAGUGUUGUGCGCCUAAGCCAGGUACUCGCGUGGUCGUCAGAGCUGUAUGGAUAUCAGGACGUCCACCCCGUGUUCCAUGCAAAGGGCGUACUUUUGGCGCUGCUCGAUACCCACGAACCAAGCGUGUUGAUACCCACGCUGCAACUAUGCACGCUGGUCGUGUCUGAUGCGACUACUUUGCACAUGUGCCUGUCGGCCCAAUUCGACCCGGCAUGGCAGCCGCGUGUCCCGCCGCGACUAGGCCAGGUCCGGUUUCCCGUCGUGGAUGUGCUCUCGAAGCAUCUCGUGGAUCGGCGCGGCGAUAUGCCAGCAGAUGCGUCCCACCGCAUCCACAUGUCUAUUCUCCUGUUUCUGACACAAGCUGCACGCUGGCCUGAUACGUCGAUCAUGCUGGCCGAGUCGACUCCGCUGCUGCCCGCCCUGAUCCAGUGCCUGAGCUGGGACGUCUCGACGCUGUGGAACACGGAGCCUGUGCCCGACGCCCCUGGCACUCGCGAUGCCGCAUGGGCCUUGGAGCGCGUGUGCCAAAGUGUGCAGUUUCUGCACGAUCUGUACAUGCCUGAGGGCAUCGCGACACGCAAUUUGGCCGAGAAACUUGUGUCGGCUCAAGCGCAGGCCGUGCUGAACGGCGUGCGAUACGCCUUUAUCGUGGCUCUCGGCCGCAUCGCCUUUGCCAACGAGCCGGACUGGCUCAUGCACGAUACCCAGGCCCAUCGCAGGCGGACGCAACUAGAGUGUGCCGCGAUGUUGGCCAGUGAUCUGAUCGACUCGGUGCUAUCACCCAAUGAGACAGACGAAAUUUACGAGCUCCUCGUCGAGGAAGCCGAGUGA